AGGGAGUUGAGACGGCAGUUUGCAGUCAGCACUUUGUUUUCCGGUUUGCAUCAAGUAAAACAUCGCGUAAUAAAGUCGUGCAUUUAUCCAAGACAGCGAGGCGCUGGAGUGCACGGUAACCCCAGUCCCUCCUAGUGAUUGGAGGUUCGUAAAGGGGACCUUCUCCUCUCUUCUGUCGAAUGCUGGGAUCUAGUCGGAAGGUGAUUGGUGCCUGGAAGAACGACAGACACUGAAUGGACUGAGAAUGGGGUCAGAUGAGCCGUAUAAUUUUGUCUUCAAAGUGGUUUUGAUUGGGGAGUCAGGAGUGGGCAAGAGCAACCUGUUAUCACGAUUUACCAAGAAUGAAUUCAACCAUGAUAGCCGCACCACCAUCGGGGUGGAGUUCAGCACGCGCACAGUGCAGCUGGACUCCAUCACCAUCAAGGCUCAGAUCUGGGACACGGCCGGCCUGGAGCGUUACAGGGCCAUCACCUCCGCGUACUACAGAGGGGCAGUGGGGGCUUUACUGGUGUACGAUAUCUCCAAGCACCUGACAUACGAGAGUGUGGAGCGCUGGCUGAAGGAACUCUUCGACCACGCUGACCCCCACAUCGUAGUCAUGCUGGUGGGAAACAAGUCUGAUCUGGAGUCAGUGAGGACGGUCCCCACUGAGGAGGCCAAGGAUUUUGCAGAAAAGAAGGGCUUAUUGUUCAUGGAGACAUCAGCUUUGGAAUCGACAAACGUUGAAUCUGCUUUCAUCGAUGUACUUAAAGCGAUCCACAAGAAGGUAGCUAGCAAAGAAGUGACUCGUGGGUCCAUUAGCGCCGUGACCCUGUCCAACCCAAACGCCAUGAGCGGAGAGCAGGAAGAGAAGAAGCCCUGUUGUAAGAACCUCUGACAAUGCGGCAUGGCUGACCACACCUAUAAGAAGAGAGAAUCUUUUCCUCCCAGCACACUUGAAUACUGGUGUCUCAUUCAUAAAGUUUUCUUGCGUCGGCUUGGUGCAGUCCUGUCAGUGAUGUCAUACAGAGUUCAGAAAUGAGUGACGCCAACGGUUACGUUGUUUCAACGUAAAAACAGUUGAAUAUUUUAAGCAAUAAUAUUCCCUUUAAAUAUUUUGGCUGUCGAGGCCCAUUUCCAAGGGUGCAAGUCCAGGAACGAGGGCCAAAAAUAUGAAGUCUAGCUGAAAAUUUGACAUGACUGAGAGUGGUUUGUAUUUCGUUUUACUCCAUUGUGGGUAGUGAGAGAACUGGCAUUAGUUGCCAUUAUAAGAGGAUGGUGCAUGUAGAGAAUUUAAAUGCACUUCUAAUGAUCCAAUUUGGCCUGGAGUGAGCACCAAUUGUUCUCAGUUGUGGAAAAAUUGAGAAGCCAUCAAUACCUUGUGCAAAACCAUUAUUUCAACAGAAUUUUACCUUAUUUUUUAACAGGGGCAAUUUUACACUGUGCUUAAAUGAAAACUACUUGAAAAAAAGUUACAUUUGAACCAACUUUAACAAGAUAAUUAUGGGCUAUAUGGAAUUAUUAUCCUGGAUUUUUUUUGCUCAUAUUAUUGGAUGUUUUUCUUGCAAAAGCAAUAUGAAGAAAGUAAAAACUCCUCAUAUGUAAAAUCUUAUUUGAUGAGGAUUUGAAAAUCUUCUUCUGCACUUAACUCCCUGGCCUUGGCUAUAAAAUUAACAGCAUGAAUAUUUACAUUAAUCCCUGGCUGAGCAGUAUGAAAUCUGAAAUUAAGUAAACUGCAUGAGCAAACAGUGUAGGAUGUGCAGAAGUAAAUCACGGAGAAGUAAUUAAAAUGUGUUAUUUAAUGUUUGGUUUGUGGAGGGUGGCGAUCGGGGAUUUGGUUAUUUUAAUACUGUUCAGAAAAUAUGUCCGAAUUUGGUUUUCAAAAGACUGGCAUGCCAAAGUACGUCUACUACUUAUAUAUGUGAGACUGAGGUGUUCACGAGGAAUUAAAAGUUUAUGAUUUUUGUGUUUUUUCGACAUGUAUUCAUUGAAUAAAUGAUACUUCUUGCUACAA